CGAUUAUUGUAGACUAGGACUUGUACUAGUUGUUUUACCGGAGCCGAUACAAAUUGAGGAUGAGAUCUUUUCCGUGGCUUUAAACUUAGUGUUUAUUCCACACGUUGUGGUUUUUGGCAGGAUGUCAGGAUGGCAAGCGGUUCUGGCUUGCCGGACAGCCUGGUGCUGGAGAUCUUCCUGCAUCUCCCUCAUAAGGCAGUGCUGAGCGCGGGACUCACCUGCCGUCAGUGGUCUGCUGUGUCACGGGACGAGUUCCUCUGGAAGGAGCUCUUCUACAACUAUUACCACAUCCCACGAUAUGUGCCUCGCCAUCCAGCGGCUGUGUCGUGGUACAGGGAGUUCAAGCGGCUGUACGACUGCAUACCCUGUGUGGAGGUUCAGACACUGAAGGAGCAUCAUGAUCAGGUGCUGCAUCUGGCCUUCUCUCACCGUGGACACCGCUUCUCUUCCUGCUCCAAAGACUGCACUGUAAAGCUUUGGGACACGGAGCAACCAGAUGGCAACAUUUCUUUGGUUCACAGCUCCAGCAUGCGGCAGUUUAACUGGGGCUACACUCAGUUCUCCCAGUUUAAUGCUGAUGACACACUCCUUCUGGUGUCAGGAGUGUACCUGGGCCCACAUCACUCCUCCUCUGGAGAGAUUGCAGUCAUCAGUUUAGAGAACUACACUCUGCUGUCCCGCGUGAGAAAUAAGCCAUAUGACGUGUUUGGCUGCUGGCUGAAUGAGACUCACUUGAUUUCUGGGAACCUGCACUGGAUUGGCAACAUGACCUCCUGCUCUGUGCUGUGGCUCAACAAAGCCUUCCAGGACAUUGAGUCAGAAAACGUGAAUGUGGUGAAACGUCUGUUUAAGAUCCAGAACAUCAAUGCCAGCACCAUCCGUACAGUGAUGGUGGCUCACUGCCGUCGACACGACUCUCCAGACCUGCUGCUGGACUAUGAGGCUCAAGCUCAGGCCCAGCAUACACAGCAGCACCAGCCUCUGCUGUUUGACCUGGGAAACACUGAUAGUGAAGACGAGGAGGAUAAAGAUGAGGAGGACGAGGAAGAGGAUGAGCAAGGAGACAAGAGAAGCUCUGCACAUCUGCCUACAUUGAACCCACUUGGGUUGCAGCAUGUUAUACAUAGUCGUCAGAACAUGGCAGCCCACGAGCGGGUGUUGGAGGCGCAGGUUGCCAGGCUGAUGGGCAGCAGACGCACCAAAGCUUCGGAUUCAAACCUGAUGUCUCCCUCUGCUCCUGAAGAAGGAGAGGACAAGACCUACCUCCUCUUCACCACCGGCAGCCUUACCUACUCCCCUCACCAGAUAGGUAUCAAGCGGAUAAUGCCUGAUCAGAUGACGACGUGUGGGCCUGUGUUAGGAGAGGAGCGCAGCACAGAGGAAUUCUUUGACUCGCUGGAUCAUGUGAUUGACAUACACGGUCACAUCAUCGGGAUGGGCCUGUCACCUGACCACAGGUACUUAUAUGUGAACAGUCGAGCGUGGCCGACAGGCUGUGUGAUCUCUGACCCCAUGUCCCCUCCACCCAUUGCUGAAGAGAUUGACCUGCACGUGAUUGAUCUGAAGAGUCUUAGAGAGGAACGCCGCAGCCUUCGAGCCCACCGUGCCUUCACGCCCAACGAUGAGUGCUUCUUCAUCUUCCUCGAUGUCAGCCGGGACUUUGUCGCCAGUGGUGCAGAGGAUAAGCAUGGUUAUAUCUGGGACCGGCACUAUAACAUCUGCCUGGCGCGCCUGCAGCAUGAUGACGUAGUGAACUCGGUGGCAUUCUGCCCAGCAGAUCAGGAGCUGCUUCUCUCCGCCAGCGACGACUCCACCAUUAAAGUGUGGCGCUCGCCACGCAUGGUGCGACUCGGCCAGGCCCCCUCACGCCCGCCUCGGGCUCGCAAACUGCUCUCCUCGCUAUUCGGCCACAGAAGUGCGAAUCUGAAUGGUAAACCCUGACCGGGGACUUGGCUGACCUCACCUACCGCAAGAGAGAAGACGGUCACAAAGACCUUGAAGCAAGACACUCCAUGAGAAAAGUGACGCUUGUGAGGUCAAGAAACUGUUGAGAAUGUUCGACUGGAUUUCUAACUUCCACUUGGCCCUCAUGCGAGAUCAGUGAGCAUAACGGUCCACCUAAAAGACGAAAAGCACUCUUCGCGAAAAGAAACAAGGGCUUUUUGAUGUGCGAUUAUUACAAAACUAGGCACUUUUACUGCUAUAUUCGUUGCUGGGUGGGUGAAAGAUGCAUUUAAGUGCACAAUAGCAUGUCAGUGUGGUUUAAAAGAUGGAUGUUAGCAGGAUAUGUGAUUUUGUGAGCAAAGAAUCAAGAAUCAUUCACUUUUUUUUUUAUGUGCUUUUUUUUUUUUUUAAGUAGAUCCAAGCUUUGUGACCCAAUGAUGAGAAUAAGGAGAACAUGUUCAGAGUAUUUAGACCUCAUUACCAAGUAGCGAAUCAAAAUUCUGCUGCAAAUGCGCGACCAGUAUCUGCAGUCGUUUUACCAAAAGGCCGAUUCAACUUACCAUGAUUACAGUAUGAAAAUUCAGAUGUUUACUUCUGAGCUACCCAUCUAUGCCAUUUUAUUUGCGCAAAUGGGUUUCUUUUGUUUGAAAUCAUAGAUCUACUUCAAUAGCCUCCAAAAGAAAAGAACUUUACAAACGGUUUGUAAUCUCAGGGGAACUUUAGCUGUUGUCUUUGCAUAAUUCUUGUGAUUAUUAAACAAUGCGGUAGUGCUGCAGCUCUGUUAUGUUCACGUAUUUAUUUUAUACAUCAAAUAUGACAGAUUUCACAACAGUUUGUGCCGGUUGGGUUUGUUAGAACUACUAAGAAUGAAAAAAGCACAAAAUACAUCACAUCAGGUCAACAACCUAAGUAUUUCAUUCUACACUAUGUUUAUAAAUUCACUAGUUUCUAAGUUAAAGUAUAAGAGAUCCAUUACUGUACAGCAUUGUCACACUAUACUGUAUCGAGGUGCUUUUCCAUUUUAUGCCCAUAAACAUUCAUUUAAACCCCAGAAUUCUGCCUUCCAGCAUCGUAAAAUAAAGUUAUCACAUAAUAUAAAUAUUCAGCAAAGGUGCUCAUAUGUAAUAACCUCAGAAGUCAUUUUAAGUGAAGAUUGAGGCAGAUCCCCAUGCCUAGUUGCAAGUGCAUCAUCAUGGCAAUUGUUUUAUGGGUCAACUCUUGUGUUUUUAAUGGACCUACUUCAUGAUAUUUUUCCCCGUCUCUUUGACACAAGGUUUGAAUGUGUGUAUAUAUAUAUAUAUAUAUAUGUGUUACCCAACUGCCCUUUACUGUUUGCCAUCAUUAGAUUUUGUAUUGUGGUGUAAAAUUUGUUUGCCCCAUUAAACAAUUUUUCUUUUA